UAAAUGUGUGUAUACAUAUAUAGCAUGUAUACACAUUACAUAUACAUAUUAUGCAUAUACAUAAGAAUUAAUUUGACCUAUUUUCACCUUCUCUUCACCUUUUCCAAUCCCACGCUUCCUGCUUCUGUCGUUUGUUCUUCUCAUUUUCCCGUCCCACCACAUUCGUAAAUUGUAAUCCAUAAUUGGUAAUCCGUAAUCUGUAAGCUGCGAUAGGGUAACCCCUACCUCUCCCAGUUAAUUCUCCCUACUUUUAGACCAAAGUAUGGCAUCCCCUAACCCCUAUCCGCUAUCCCGUGACCCGCAGCCGCAGCUACCUGCAGCCCAGACCUAUAAUUUCCAGGCAGAGACCUACACCCUGGCCAGAGCCGGAACCAAGCUGGAGCCGAGGUCGUAGCCAAAGCCAUAGCCGGGAUCGGAGGACGCGCAUGCGUCUUUUUAUCAUUUCCUUGCGACUUUCUCGCUCUUCCAUCGAAUAUAUCAACGUUAAUUCGUACAACGUUCAUCAUCGAGAACAAAAAAGAGGUCGAAAACGAAGACGAAAGUUUUAUAAUGUUAUCGAUUAUCGCAAUGAUAAUGCCAACUUACACCAUUAUCGUUAUUAUUAAUUAACUCGGCAAAUACUCGAAAACGAAGACGGAAAUAGUGCCGGGAAUAAGGACAAGAACAAGGAUAAGAACAAGAACAAAGACGAAAAUAGACGCGAAUACGAGAGCAACGAAAACAGCAAUAAUAACGACGUUUAAUACGUCUCAAGUGUCAGAUAUCACGUUAGUGAAGACGACAAAUGAAAGAACAGGAAAAAGAAGGAAAAUAAAAACGUGGAUUAGACGACGGAAGAAAGGAAGAAAUAAAGAUACGUUGAUUUUCGAAUAUCGAAAACGAACGAUCAAAGUGUCCAUGGCAUGAUGGUUAUUGAAUUGUUCAAUAUCAGUGAUGAUAUUUAAGUGACAGUUUGAAGAAAAGGAAGAAAAGAUUAUCGAAAAGUGUGUGACAAUUCGUAUCGAAUAGUGAUGCAGUCGCGCGUCAAUCGUGCCCUACUGUUCCUUUGGAUUCCUCGCGCGAUCCUCGCGCGGCGCGCGCGUGCUCCGAACUAUCGCGCAUCGCGCAUUACCCUUCUUUCGGUUUCUUCAUGCUUAUAGUGCUUCUAUUCUCGUUGUCGUCGGCAACAGGUGACAGGUGUGUGUCUGUCGUCCGAUAAGACGAUUACAAAAGGAAAUUGAAAGAAGCGAUUGAUACACGAUCGAAAGUGAUUCGAUGAACAUUGAGGAUUAACAUAAGUGUCGUUAUGUUUGCCAAGUCGAAAAGUAGUGGCUCGACACCGAGCGUUCUACUUCCUAAUCCUCUUCAGAAUUUGUACGACGUUGGCAAACAAACGGCUACAGCAGGACCCGAAAACGCCUGGCGUAUAUACAAUGGAUACACGAAAGCGGAUCGAAAGGAAGUCUCGAUAUUUUUCUUCGACAAAAGAUCGGUCGAUAAACUUCACAAGCCGAAGCGGAAAGAAGCGGUUACGGAAAUUUUACGAAACGGAGCACGACAAAUGGAACGAGUUUCUCAUCCAAAGAUCCUGCAGGCAUACAAGGUGGAAGAAUGCGCUGAUAGUUUGGCAUUCGCGUCGGAGCCAGUUCUCGCUAGUCUUGCGAACGUUUUAGCUUAUCAAGAGCAACGAGCGAAUAACGUCGGCCAAUCGUCGACUAACGUAACGAAACAAACUUCUUCAACCCCUAGUCAUCGUGCUCCGUUCACGAAAGAGUACGAGUUACUCGAUAUAGAGAUCAAAUAUGGAUUGUUGCAGAUCACAGAGGCUUUACUUUAUCUUCACGGAACACGCAAAGUCCUUCACAGGAACGUUUGUCCCGCGAGCAUUAUAAUUACCAAAAGGGGCACUUGGAAAUUGUCAGGUCUCGAAUUUAUCGAAAAAAUGAAGGAGUUGCCAAUGAUAUCGUUGCAACCUUGGACCAAUCGCAUGUCAAAAAUGACGCAACCGAAUCUCGAUUACAUAGCACCGGAAAUACAGCAAAAGAAAGAGGGGGGCUUCUAUAGCGACAUGUACAGCUUUGGUAUGACGAUAUGCGCAAUUUUCAAUCAAGGGCGACCAUUGAUUCAAGCGAAUCAUAACUGUUCCGAGUAUUUAAAACAAUUAGAAAACCUCGAAGAACAAGUUCAUGUGAUAUUACCUUUAGUUCCCCUUCCUCUUCGAGAAGCUGUUUCUCGACUUUUACACAUCGAUCCAGAGAAGAGGCCAACCAUUCAAGUUUUAUCCAUGAUCAAGUAUUUUCAAGAUCCACCCGUAUACGCGCUUCAAUUUCUCGAUGUCAGUAAGAUGAAAGACGCGUUGCAAAAGGAGCAUUUUUAUACAACUACUUUAAAAGGAAUAUUACCUUAUAUACCAAGGAAACUUUGGUAUCAACAUAUUUGGACGUAUCUGCAAACUGAAUUGGAAAGUGAAGAAGUUCAAUCGGCUGUACUACAACCGGUACUUUAUAUCGUGCAAAAUAGUACACAAGAGGAAUACGAUCAAAUUGUAUUUCCAUCGUUACGAUCGCUUUUCUCGAAUCGUAAAUCGGUUCACGGAACGGUUACGUUGCUGGAAAAUUUGCAUUUGAUAUUAAAAAAAACAUCUCGAGAAUAUAUAGAAAGCGAAGUGCUUCCGAUGUUGUACACAUCCUUUGAGAAUUCAACUACUCAAGUGCAGACUGCAGCGUUCGUAGCCGUUUCGAAUGUGACUGAUUACAUACACGACGAGGCUGUUCGAAACAUCGUGUUGCCGAAAUUACUUCAAGCAUUUGAAAAAAAUUUAGUGGAUUCCCGAAUACUUAUGAACGUGAUACCCUGUAUUUUAAAUCGUUUGGAAAAGCAAAAAAUCAUCGAUUGUAUCUUACCAUUAUUGUUCAAUGUAAAACUUCAAGAACCGGAGAUAAUCGUACGGGUUGUGAAGAUUUACAGAUUAAUGUUAAACGACAAAAAAUAUGGAUUAUCUGUGAAUUGGAUGGCAACUAGAGCAAUGCCUUCUUUACUACCUCAAACUAUUAACCCAGCAUUGAAUCUCGAGCAGUUUGAACUACUUCUCAAAGUGUUACAAGAUAUGUUGAAUCACAUCGAAAGAAAUCAAAGGAAUCAAUUGACGCUGGAUAAUUUGUCAUUAUCGAGCCCGGAACGGUAUCGAAGUUUGCGACAUCAACACAGUACGGACAAUAUGUACGUUGCCCCCUUUAAUAUACCAAAUCUACGUAUCGAGCAACGUAAAACUUCUUCUGCUGAAGACAUGGCUCGGAAAAAUAGCACGAAUUCGAUGUCGACGACAGUUUCAGCUGAAAAUAUGGCAAGAAAAAACUCGAUGAUAACCAUGUUCAGAUGGUUCUCAUCAUCGAACAACGAUAACAGUAAUUUCUUAAAAGUGACGAAUACAUUUACGAGCAGACGGUUAUCGGAUAACACUUUGAUGACACCGAAAAUACGGGUAGCACCAUCGUGCGAAAGUUCCCCAGGUGCUACACCAGGUGAUGGAUUACCCAUUCGACGACACUCGAGCACCGGUCCUCAAGACCGACGGGGAUCUAACAUAAAUUUAUCGCCCCCCUUGGGUGGAAUGCCGAUUACCAGUAGCAGUGUUCCGUACCUGGUUAGCUCGAGCAUGAAUAGUAUACGCGGCUCGAGACGUCCUUCGGUCUCUUCAACAUCUUCCCAACAAGGACUGUUGCAGCAGGUUGGCUCCAGCAUGGUAAGACAACAACCCCCCAUCUGCCUCANNCUCAAUGGACUACCACCACCACCACCACCACCACCACAACCACCACCACAACCACCAACACUUUCUCCAUUACUCCAGCUACCGGGACAGUCUUUCCACUGACCCUCCGUCACAGUUAUCAAUUCUUCAAUAAACAAUUCGAUGGUUAAAUCUUUCGUCGACGAUCAAGUUUCGUAGGAUAUUUACAUUAAAAUUAACAACGUAAGGAACAAUUGGUUACCGUCCGUGCUACGAAAGGAGACAUAGAGGAACGAAAAAAAAUAAUUUUAUAACCAUCUCCUGUUAACGAUAAAAUGGUAA